AUGGGGCACCUCUCCCUCUCGGUCCUCGACCGCCGCGGGCUGAGCCUUGCACGGCCAGACGCCGCGUCGUCCGCGCCCCUGGGGAGCUUCCGGGACAAGUCCCCGCGCAGGCCGACGGCGCCAGCCUCCAUCGCCAGCGGGAGCGGCGGCAAGGUCCUCAUCACCAUUGUCAGUGCAACGGACCUGAUGGCCGCAGAUUCCAACGGGAAGUCCGACCCCUACUGCAAGUGCCGCGUCAGAGGAGUUCCUCCGAGCCCUCGGCCCGCCUCCGCAAUGCAGCUGGCGCGCGCGCUGACCGCCGCGGUCGCUCUCCUUGCCGCGGCGGUGCAGGGCGCGGGGAACCAGGCGACCUCUUCGCUGAGGCUCGACGAGGCCGCGCCGAGCCGGCCCGUGUCCAAGGUCAUCACUCUGCUGAAGGAUGACAUGCUGAAGCAGCUCGAGUCGGAGGCGGAGAGAGACGAGGAGAUCUAUGACAAGAUGGCGUGCUGGUGCGAGACCAACGAGAAGGAGAAGACAGCGUCAAUCAAAGCGGCCGAGGAGCGCAUCGCGCAGCUCGAGGCGAAGAUCGAGGAGGACGCCGCCCUCAGCGUCAAGCUGGAGUCCGAGAUGCGCGAGCUCGAGGCAGAGGUGGCCAAGAAUCAGGCCGCCCUCGACAAGGCGACGUCGAUUCGCGAGCAUGAGCUGGCCGACUUCAACGCGGAAGAAAAAGAGCUCCUCGAGGCGAUCACUGCGCUGAAGUCGGCCGUCACCGUGCUCUCGAAGCACCACAGCGCCGCCGCGUUCCUGCAGCUGCCCGGCCAGCACGCCGCGGAGGGUGUGGCUAGCACGCUGCGGCGGGUGUUCGCUGGGCACGGUGACCGCUUGCAGGGAGUGCUCACCCGCUCGGAGCGCCGAGUGGCCGCGGCGUUCAUCCAGUCUCCUCAGGACGACUAUUUCGACGCGGAGCCCACCUUCAAGCAGUCGUAUGCCCCUCAGUCAGGGGAGAUCUUCGGGAUCCUCGAGCAGAUGAAGGAGGCCGCUAUGGGAUUGAUCGGCUACAAAUAG